AUGAUUUCCAAGUUACUGAACGAAUUUGGAGAAAGAUUUGCAGACUUAAAGAACCUUGAGAGUGAUUUCUCGAUCUUUCGAAAUCCUUUCGCUGCAAAUCCUGAUGAGACACCAGAGGAUAUUCAGUUAGAACUAAUUGAUCUUCAGUGCGAUUCUGCGUUGAAGGAAAAGUUCUCAAGUGUUGAUAUUGGUACAUUCUAUCAAUAUGUUGGGCCAAGAUAUCCUCGAAUCAAAUGUUUGGCAUCAAAGAUUAUGUCAAUGUUCGGCAGUACCUAUGUCUGUGAGCAACUCUUCUCACUGAUGAACUUGAACAAGUCUGGACUCAGGUCUCGGCUCACUAAUGAACACCUCAACUCAACACUGAAAGUAGCCAUUGCUCAGUCUCUGGCGCCAAACAUAGACGAACUUGUACAGACCAAGAGGUGCCAAGUUUCUGGGAGCAGCACGACCAGGAAUUAA